ACUUAACCUGCUCCGGAGCAGUUUAGCAUUUCAGCACAAGUUGGAACUGUGGUUUAUCUCGGUAAGAAGACAACCAGGUUCGUAGGACAGAAAAAAACCCAGAGAUAAAACCCGAAGCAGAAGAAUAAUGUCGGCCCCGCCUCCAACUGAAAGCACAACGCCUAUUGGGCAGCCCGCCUGUCAAUCGACCCAGGCUGCCAUGGUAACGGACAGCACAGCGGCGGCAGCGGCGGUGGCGGCUCGGUUCGUCAACGACAACGACGACGACGACGACGGCGUCAUGAUCCCCGAAUGUCCGCGCGCCGGCGACCCGAGGAGCCGAGCCAGCCGCUUCCUGUGCGCCGCCGCCGCCGCCGAACCGAGCCCGAACACCAGCACGAGCACGAGCACGAGCUCCAACAGGAGCGCGAGCGGCUUGUUGCGCGAGAUCCAGACCGGCAUCAGCAAGGAGCCGUUCACCGACCACUACACCAUCAUCCCCGGGAGGGAGCUCGGAAGGGGGAAGUUUGCUGUGGUCCGAAAGUGUGUGGAGAAACGCACGGGCCACGAGUACGCCGCAAAGUUCAUGAGGAAGCGGCGGAAAGGCCAGGACUGCCGCAUGGACAUCAUCCACGAGAUCGCGGUGCUCGAGUUGGCCACCGUCAACCAGCGGGUGGUCAACCUGCACCAGGUGUACGAGAUGGCCUCUGAGAUGGUGCUGGUGCUGGAGUUCGCCGCCGGAGGCGAGAUCUUCAACCAGUGCGUGUCCGAUCGGGAGGAGGAGGCUUUCAGCGAGGAGGACGUGAAGAGGCUCAUGAGGCAAAUCCUGGAGGGAGUCGCCUUCCUCCAUCAGAGGAACAUAGUCCACCUCGACCUGAAGCCUCAGAACAUCCUGCUGACCUGCAGCUCUCCUCUGGGCGACAUCAAGAUCGUUGACUUUGGUCUGUCCAGGAUGGUCUGCAGCCACCAGGAGCUCCGAGAGAUCAUGGGAACCCCGGAGUAUGUCGCUCCUGAGAUUCUGAAUUAUGAGCCCAUCAGCACAGCAACAGAUAUGUGGAGUAUUGGCGUCUUGGCCUACGUCAUGCUGACGGGCAUCUCUCCCUUCCUGGGCGAGGACAAGCAGGAGACGUUUCUAAACAUCUCCCAGCUCAAUGUGAGCUACACGGAGGAGGAGCUGCAGCAUCUGGACCCGGCCGCCCUCACCUUCAUCCAGACGCUGCUCCGCAAACAGCCACAGGAUCGGGCCACAGCAGAGCAGUGUCUCACACACCCCUGGCUUCAGUCCUCAAGUUCUCAGGAAACCCAGACAGAGGAGGAAGUCCUCCCAGCGGAGGACCAGGAAGUAUCAACCACCACCACCACCACCGGUAGCCAUGAAUCUCCCAGCGGCACGACCACAGCUGACAAAGAGGAGAAGGAAGACGAAGGACUCCCGGUGACCGAGGAGCUGAUAGUCGUGGCUGCCUACACCCUGGGUCAGUGCCGCCAGUCGUCCACCUCAGAGAAGGAGGCGCUGGUCGCCGAGCAGAAGGCCAUCUCCAAGCGCUUCAAGUUCGAGGAGCCCUUCAGCGCCCUGCAGGAGGUCCCCGGGGAGUUCAUAUACUGACCCCCACCCACCACACACACCGCCACCAGGUUGGUGUUGUCACGGUAACAAAAAUAAACCUUCAGCUUAUUCCAACUCUCCUCCGUAUAUAUACCUUACGUUUAUAAUCAGAUGCUGUUGCACAAUCAAACUGAUUUUAUUUAAGAAGUUGACUUUCUUGUUUUUUUACACACACAUUUCUCCCAUAAUGCAUCACUGUGCUUGACUCCCACCUACUCCCCACGUCCCGACAGGGCUACAGUAGGUUUAUUUCACUUGUAUUUCAUUUGGUUUGCUGUUGUAGUUUUUCUUUUCUCCUGAAUAACUGGCCAAAUGUCGUGACACGCUGAGAUAUGUCUACAAAAAGCUACUGUAACGAGUGAAGUCGUCUCAUCUAGACUCAACCCACGGCGAUCAAGCAGCGAGAAAUCUAUCAGAGAAGAGACAAGAGGCUGAAUCCCAAUAUCCCCCCUUUUGUACUGGACCGUUAAAUCUCCAACUUUAGAUGCCACGGAUGCUAAAACUCCCAAAACCCCAAAAGUGUUAUCCUAAUUUUUCUGAACGGAUUUUGCAGUUUGUUUGUGUGUAAUCUUAAACCCAAUAAAAAUAAAAAUAAACAUUAAAAAGAUCAAAACAUUGA